AUGACAGGGCGGAGAGGACUGUUUAUAGAAGUCCCUCUGUAUAGAUUGGCAUUCAAAGUGUGCUGUCAUCUGCGGGGACCACAGGGAUUUCUUCAGAGAGCCUGCCAGGGAGUGUGUUGUCUGCCAAGGGACUCCAGAGCAGCUGGAAUCAUGGAAGAAAAAAGGAAGAACUUCAUCAGCCAAAUCCUUAACCUGGGAGAAGUGCUCUGCACGGUGGAUGUGGCCAUGUCUAUAAAGUGUGGAAUCCUUCUUUUGUUAUUUGGUGGUGCACUCAGCAAUCUUGGAAGUCCUGAACAUGUUACCAAGUGGUUUCGGCCACUCAAGGAGCAGAAGUAUACUGGGAUGUUUGCAAUGACUGAGAAGGGCCAUGGGAGCAACGUGAGAGGGAUCCAGACUGAGGCUACCUUUGACCGUGACAAUCAGGAGUUUGUGAUUGACAUGCCGUGUGAGAACGCCCACAAGAUGUACAUCGGCAAUGCCAUGCAUGGGAACUACGCUGCCGUCUUCGCCCAACUCAUCAUUGAGGGAAAGUCUCAAGGGCCCCACUGUUUUAUUGUCCCUAUCAGGGAUGAAAAUGGAAACUUGUACCCAGGAGUGACAGCGAUUGACAUGAUGCACAAAGAAGGUAUGAACGGUGUGGAUAAUGGAAUUUUGAUAUUUGACAAGGUUCGGAUUCCUAGAGAGAACCUGCUGGAUAAGUUUGGUUCUGUGGCUCCAGAUGGACAGUACCACUCACCUAUUCAGAGCAAGAGCUCAAGAUUCAAUGCGAUGAUGAUAACACUGACUCCUUCAAGACUAGGAGUGACUUUCCAAGCUAUGGGCGCCAUGAAGCUUGGACUGACGAUAGCCAUCCGCUACAGCCACAGCCGAAGGCAGUUUGGGCCCAAGGACAAAGAAGAGGUGAAGAUCAUUGAGCACCAAAUGCAGUCACUCAGGCUGAUGUCUCACCUGGCCACAGCCCUGGCCCUGACCUUCACAAGCAGGCAUGCAGGCUACAUCCUGGAUGAAGACGUCUUCCAGGGAAGGGAGCUCACCAACAGACGCUCGCUACAGGCACUGAUGGCUGGGCUGAAAGCCUACAGUACGUGGGAGACUAUCAGCUGCCUACAGGACUGCCGUGAAUGCACCGGAGGCAUGGGUUACAUGAUGGAAAAUGGAAUCUCAGGCCUGAAAUGUGACACAGAUGUGUUUGUAACCUUUGAAGGUGACAAUGUGGUCUUGCUUCAGGUUGUGGCCCGGGAACUGCUGGCCCAGUACAGCAAGCAGCAUAAGAAAAACCUGCUCUUGGGUAUGGUCCAGAAUUGGACCACAACUGCCGCGGACAAGCUGAGAACCAGGUACAUACCUCCCGAGACAGCAAAAAUAGUAAUGGGUCCCCAGGCCACCCAGCAGCAUAGACUCUACACGGUCAGACUGGUGACAGAUCAGACUUCAAGAGAUGCGCAGUGGAGGGCCAGCUCUGACAGCAGACAGGUGGUGACCAAGAAGGGGGACUUCUUCAGCGCCUGGAACUCCUGUAUGCACCAUGUCACCUCAUUGUCUCUAGCACACAUUCACAGAGUUGCACUAGAACAGUUCGCGACGGCAGUGAGGCAAUGUCCCAAGGAGGACCAGGCUUUGCUAAUGAAGUUUUGUCUGCUGUAUGGAACGAAGCUGGUGUUCCAGGAGCGGGGCUGGUACUUAGAACAUAAAUACCUGACCCCCAAGGCCAGCAUGCGGAUCAGGGAUCGGUUGCUGAAUUUGUGCGAGUCCGUGAAGGAUGACGCCCUGAAGGUGAUCUCUGCCUUCAACAUUCCACACACCAGCAUCCGUGCACCAAUAACAGGAAUCCCCAACCCCCGGGCUGCGGAGGCCGCCUACCCGGCGCCCACGCAGCCGCUCGUGCGGGAUGGGGUGCGCUCUCGACUGGCCAAGCUGUGA